AUGGCGCUCCAAUCUCGUCCGGUGCCUAUGAAUGCUUCACCACAUCACUCCAAGGUCAAGGUGUCCCUGACGCUAUCUGACCCCAUAUUCGUGGCUGGCAACAAUGUUUCUGGAAAAAUGGAAGUUGAAUGUCGCGGUGAUGGUGAAUGCGGUCUUGGAAUUGGUCUUAUGAUGGUCGAGUUAUUCGCCGUCCAAGAAAUUACGUCUCGUGACCACUCAGGCACUUCCACCUUUAUCCACUCCCGCAGACUGUUCCAAGGACCAGGACUCCCGCCAUCGAAUGCGAUCCAAUCUGACUUUGAUCCUCCACCUGGAGAAUCCCUCCUUCCGGCCCAUCAUUACCCUGCACGUCGUGGUCUCACUACAUUUUUCUUUCGCUUUCCUCUCCCGCCUUCGUCCCCCGCCUCAAUAUCAUUCGGUCCUGCUCAAAUACGAUAUGAAAUACGAGCGAGCGUGGGCGUUGCUUGGAGAGGAGAGAAGCGUCUCGUGACUGAUCACCAAAACGUCAACGUAGUCGAAUAUUGCGAUACCCGAGCACCGUCGAAGCGCCCUCAAGGCUUCGCUGUCGCCGAGGGUGGAAACAUUUGGGCCCAAGCUUUUGUCAUGAAUGGUCCCAUCGUCGCUGGGGAGGUCGCUUGUGUCGAGUUGCACCUGAAGAAUCAUUCACUCAACUGGACGUCUGGGGUUACACUCACACUUUCUCGUGAACUUCGACUAUCGUCACCCUCUGCGGAUAAGGACGCGUUUAAAAUAACCGACACAGUAACUGAGGUCGAGUUCAGGGGUCACGAGUAUAUGGUCCCCCCUGACAUCGAAGGCAUUGCCAACUUAGUGAUUAAUAUUCCUCGGUCUUCUCGUGGAUCUCGCGGCGGUGCUCGCGUCGGUGAGGAUGCAAACCCAACUGACUGUUUGUUCGAAGUUCUUUGUAGCCUGAGACUCCGGAUUGAUAUGCCUAUUGGGAGCGAGCCUGUCAUAAUUAUAAUUCCGCUGGUCAUUUACCAUCCUUUGGCCGUACCUAGAGCACAUGCGUCACCCUACGCCGUCCCUGCAACUUUACCACAGCCGUAUGCAUCACCUCCUACACACGCUUAUCCGCUCUCACCGCCUCCUGGUGCAUCCUACGUGGAUCCUCAUUUUUCAUCACAGCAAUACGACCCACUACAUACGUACUGGCCACCACCGUCUCUAAUUGCGGAUUAUAAGUCUUUCACUCCUGCAUUUUCGGAGCAGUAUUAUCCUCGGGAUUCAUUUUCAUCUAAUCCGCACUUCCAACACUAUAUACCACUACCACCUCGACCAGCAUCGGCCGAACCUCACCCUCAGAUGCCUUUCCUCGCGGAUUCGGAAGAGGGUAAAGGCACUCGUGCAUCUCGCAUUUCCCAAACGCUGCGUCUAUCCUCUCGACACCGCUCAGUCUCCCCACUAUCGCACAGGUUUCCCUUGUCUCAGCCCUCUGCUCAACACGUGUCCCCUGGUCGCUCGCACCCUGGCACAAUCCAGAUCCCCACCCUCCCUAAUCCUCACGACUCUCAAAGUGUAUUGCACUCACCACGCCCCAUCCCUUCACCAAAACAGUCCUACUUAGGCCCUUCUCCACGCAGCGAAAAUGUGUGUGCCUUGGAACGCAUGGCAGACGAAGUCGGCAGGCAUAGCGGCGAUCUAAGCGCAGAUCUUCCAAAGUGCGCGGCAAAUGUAGACUCGAACGUAGACAAGACGCUCCCUAUUCCUCCUGUUCCCUCCGGUAAACGACCAUUACGUGUUCAACAGCACGUCCGGGCAGCAUUUCCCGAUACUACUGUUCCCGCUCGCUCUGUGCCCAAGCCUGAGUUGGAGCUCGCUUUUCCCCCUCCACCGACGCCACCACUUGCAGCUAUAACUCCUGUGAAAUUCCCGCGCGCACCGGCUGAGUUAUCUGGCCUGAGCACUAAGUACGCCAAGGGCGUCCUGCAAGAGAGCGGCCUGGACGCCCUCGAGCGACGCCUGCUUGCGGAGGUAGGGACACGCCGUCAAGACAUAGGUGAGCUGCGCCCGGACGUGCGCAGCGUGGUGCAGCCAAUCAAGAUUCCAGCCAGUGGGGCUCCCGCGGGUGUGAAUGACAGCGCCAUAUCGAGCCUGACACUUGCAGAUCGUGACGCUUUCUUGCGAGGUAACGAAGACGAACGAGAGCAAGAGCAGGAUCAUGAUUCGGAUGAGAGGACGCAACACCGAGGUGGCCGUCACAGCCAGAGUGAUGAUGAACGCGAGGUACGCACCCAGAGGGGACGGGGAAGAGCGAAGAGCAAAUAUAGCGAUGAGGACGAUGAGAGGCGGGUCGCGCAGAAGCGGGAGCGGAAGAGAGGCAAGGAGGGCGAUAUGCGGAAACUGCGCAGUGAGGUUAAAGGGCGGAUUGCAGCAUGGCUAGGGGAGAUCGACACAAGCCCACCGCUUGUGGAUGAUUCGUUAUCUACGAUGUCGCCCACUGCAUCCCACUUCGUUCCCAUCACUGACAACGAGCCUUUCGCGCUACCACCAUCAUCGGAAGACCUGUUGCCCUCGUCUGGCGAUCAAGAACCUGCAGGAACAUCAAUCAACGUCGACGUUUCUGCAACUCCCAACCCACGCUCAUCUGGCUUUGUGACUAUUUCCACGCUCAAGGCUGCUUGCACUCGACACUCUACUACGCCUGCACCGGAAAAUAUGCAUAGUAGCUCUGAUGCGGAAAAGAAAAAUCUCGCUGCGGAGUCGUUGGUACCGGGUCCAAUCUUGAGAAGGAUGUCGGCAGGCCAGUCAACCAUUGCAACACCUAUUGGGAGCACACCUCUUGCAGGACCGAAAUCCCCCGACACCGCAAGGGCUGAUCCCAUGGCUGUAGUUGCUCGUCAUUUCUUAUCGCCUCAUCACCCCCGCUAUUCCCCUCAACCGCUUGGCCCAGGGGUGAAGUAUGACGUCCGCUCUGCACGCGGAGGGAAAGGCGGCAGGGUCACUGAAGUUGCUUCGCUGUGGGCCGCAAAAGCGGAUACGAUGCAGACACAGGCAAAGCAAAAUGGGGCUUCUCAGCCCAUGAAGAAACUUGUUAACCAUGGUGGAAAGUUACCCGUCAAGUCCUCGCUGUCAACAUCGCAAACCCAUGGUCCGGCCGAUACGAGCAGGGAGGGACGCGGGAAGGCUACUAAAGCCACAACAGUUCCUGCUGUUAUUUCAUCGUCUCAUGCCGUGCCCAUGCUUUCGUCUACCGCUUCUCUUGCUCGUGCAUCACCCAACCCCCGGACUCCAGCAUCUCGCCCUCUACCCCCAAUGAUUUCGGAGACAAUAUCAGAUCUUAGAAGUGUUGUUAAAACUCCCAUUCCCAGAGUUACUCGCACCCCUGGUGACCUUGGAUUUGGUCAGGCGCGUCUCAGGGACUUAAUCAAGAAAUAUCAAGGAUAA